AUGCUGAUGACGCCGGACCUGCACGCCAAAUGCGCGCAUCUGCACGCGGAGCUGUCUCGACACUCGUUGGCAUGGCCGUUUCUCGAGCCAGUGGACCCCGUGGCGCUCAACAUCCCCACGUACUUUGACGUGAUCUCUCAGCCCAUGGACCUUGGCACCAUGGGCGCCAAGCUCAAUGCAGGCGAGUACAGCGACCCGACCGAAUACCGCGCCGACCUGCUGCUCAUGUUCGCCAACGCCAUCGAAUUCAACCAGGACGACGAGCGCGUGGACUCAGUAGCCAACAUGGCGCGGCAAUUCCAGAGCGUGGCGUUGGCCCAAUGGGACCAGAUCUUCUCCGAGGCAGCCACUGCCGACUGGGCGCUCAAAUCUCAACACCAGGCUCAACAGCGCUUCAUCCAACGUGCCAAAGAAGCACGAGUCAUUAAUAGAUGGAAGAAAGACUCGUUUGUGGCCAGACUAAACCGUGACAAAGUGGACGAACGCUCUCGUCUCGCCUCCAGCGGCGAAUAA